GACAAGCGAUAUCAGAACGCUGCAGGUAAACGAUCGGCAAAUAUACCGGGCAGAGGGGAGAUUCGGGACAGGAGACGGCCGCGUAGUCACGUGCGGUGGCUAAACACUAAAUUUUGGAUGAAAAGAUCUCUGCCCUCAAAUCAUGUGAUUCCAGAAUGAUAUCUAAUCUCUCCUGCCAUUAAAUUACUCCGGGGACCUCCUCGACCCGGCAUAAUGCAGAACGCGACCGCGUCCGACCCUGCGGAAGACGAUCCCUUUGAUUUCCUCUUCAAAAUAAUCCUGAUUGGCGACUCGAACGUUGGCAAAACAUCCGUCGUUCACCGGUUCCAAUCGGGGGUCUUCUCCGACAAACACCAAAACACAAUCGGAGUGGAUUUCACUGUGAGGUCCUUGAACAUCGAAGGCAAGAAGGUCAAGGUCCAAGUGUGGGAUACAGCCGGACAGGAGAGGUUCCGCACGAUCACCCAGAGCUACUACCGCAGCGCUCACGGAGCUAUUAUCGCCUAUGACAUCACGCGGAGGCAAACCUUCGAGUCCGUUCCUCACUGGAUCCAUGAAGUGGAGAGGUUUGGAGCGGCCAACCUGAUGGUCAUGUUGAUUGGCAAUAAGUCAGACCUCCUCGAGGAAAGGCAGAUCCUGUUUGAGGAGGCUUGCACGCUUGCUGAAAACCGCGGCCUCCUGGCGGUUCUGGAGACCUCCGCUAAGGAGGCUCGCAACAUCGACGAAGUCUUCCUGCUAAUGGCCAAGGAGCUUAUUGCGCGAAACACCCUCCACUUUCACAAGGAAAGCCCUCGGAACAGCUUUGCGCUGGACUCUAGGCCAGUUGUUGCCCCUACGGACCCGGCCAAGAACUGUCAGUGUUGAUGGGAUUUCCAAUAGAAAGACUACAAAAAAAACCCAAAGGAAACAAGAUCUACGAGCUUUCUCGCUCCCGGUUUGGUCUUGGCU